UAAUUUAGAAAUUAUGACCCGUACUGUAAAGGUACGAGAAUUUUGGACAACAUAUUGGCAUGUUUUCUUCCAGCACGUACCAACCAACGCCAAAACAUCCACAUAAUUCAUUCACCACACACUUGCAGCAAACGACGACGACGGAUUCACCUGGUUUUGUAUAGUAUGAUAUCAUCAUCGGCUCAACGGCUCCGGCUGUCCAUGUGUCUGUUUCAAGCCCCGAGAGUUGCACAGGUUGUUGUAUAUCUAUGUUAUUCCCCCUUCGGGCUCUCCAGUCGCCGCGUUGAAAUCCCCCGCCGCCGCAAGUCCCAGAGCCAAUUGUGGUUGUGUUUGUAGUUUGAUUCAUAAAAUUGUUCAUUCCGUUCUCUGUCGAUGUCGAUGUCUGUCUGUAUACACACGGGAGUCUGCUCUCAACGCGAUGAGUUUUUAUGCUAGGGCCUUAUUCCGCUAGUAAGUGUCAGAUAUCAAACAGGUGAACCUCGAGAGUUAUGCGAAAAGAAGUGGUGUAGUGCCUUAAGCCAUCGUCGGAUCGGGUGUGGACCUUGCAUCCUGUGUCCAAUUACCUGUCCAAUUUCUGUGCGUCAACGUAAGAGCGAAAGAAAAGCCAGCUAUCGCGGGAGAUCAGUGUGUGCAUUCAGUUGUAACGAAGUUGUGUGAUGAGUUCGGGCACGGAUGAAAUUGACCGCAGUGUCGCGGUGUCUAAUGGUGACCAGCAGCAAAACAAUGCAACGACGGCCACCAUCCAGGAGACCUCGCUGUCCCAAAGUGGGUCGACGACAGAUAGCGAUGGCCCGAAAACGACCAAUUGGGUGAAGUUCGAUGAUGACGACGGCAAGAAGGCACAAGGCGACAAAGCGGCAUCCGCCCCGCCCAACGACAUCACGCCCGCUGCCGUCCUCCCAACCGAGUCUGUCCACGUGACGAUAGACGCGCGCCUACCGACAAGUCCCAAACAAGUCGCUCCGGUGAUCUCCUCGCAGCCUGCGCCGGCCACUGCCUCCCAGGGCCAGAGCCUCCCACCACCGCUAACCAACAAGACGUCCCAACCGGCCGUGAUCGACAUUCCGAAGCAAACGACGGUCAACGUGGUCCAGCCGAUCCAGUCGAUGCGCACGAUCGAACUCUCGACAGGGCGGGUUCGCGAGGGAUUCGCCAACGGCGAUGUGAUCGUGACGCUGCUGCCAACAAACACUCGCUGGCCCUGGGUGACGCCGGCGGUGUUCCGUCCGGAGCUGGUUCCCGAGGAGUUGAUGGCGCAAGGGUUGACGCUCACGGUUGAGGAAUACGUCCACGCCAUGGAGACUCUGGUGAAUGAUUACCGGUUCACGAUGUACAACAUUUGCUACAAGCGAGUUUUGGUGGUUUGGAUCUUGUUUGCAUUUGUCGUCCUGUUGGGGUUGUUGUUCUCGGGUCUGUACGGAAUAACGCUGUUUUCACUGGGCGUCGGAUGGCUCUUCUUGAACGCGGCGGCCAUUUUCCUGUGCAUGUGGGUUAAGUUGCGUCUGGCCCGAGGGCUGGAGCGUUGCAUGGCCCGGGUCAACAAACAGUUGAUUCGUCACAAGAUUCUGCUGGCGUUGGAUGACCGAGGACACAUCUCCUGCCACAAGGUCAACCUUUGCUUCAUGUACUUUGAGCCGUCGCAAUGCAUCAGCUAUCUGAACGAGUUUAUCGAACGAAGCGAACAGAACGGAAAUACGAUCGAACCUGGCUGGGAGAGUCGUCUGGACGUGGCUACGAACGAUAUCGUGAUUCAGGGAGCAAACACUACUCGACUGUCGAGGAAGCAGGGCAGAGCGGAGGAAAUUUUCCUGCGAUAUCUGCAGCGCUGGGGCAAAGACUACCUGCGGCGCCGGCUGGACUGGACCAUCGAGGAGAACGGCAUCGUGUCCGCGCCGAGGCACAUUCCCACUGCGUACUGUCCCUGCCAGUACGCGGAGGAGGUUCUGCUGCACAAGAAACCAAAGGAUGACCCGCGCGUUUGCUGCGCGUCGCUCCGCCAGCGAGCGCAACGAUUAGGGUUCCAGUUCUAGGGCCUAAAUCCUCACACACAAAAAGAGGAAGAGAAAGGGAGCAACAGGGUUGAGAACAUGUGAAGCAUACUCGACGUACUUAAACUGCGACAUUCCCACUAACCCUAGUACAAACGUGUUUUAACAUAUUUUGUUUAUAACAAAUGAGUUAAGCUUUUAAAGACAAACCCGUAUCACAUAGUCACAGAUAACAGACGACCAGGCUAGAAAUAGUUUGAAAAACGCCUAUUAAUACGUCGUCGUGAUCGUGAUCCAUCUCGUUGCACGUCGAUGUUGAACCUUCCACUAAAUUUGAUUAUAAUUAUAUUCAACAAUAACGUUUAAACCCCCGUGCAAUGUACAUACCUCUUCGUAAAAAAAAAGUUUCGAUAUUGACACACCCUACAAGUGCGCCAACUUGCCCAAGGAAAAUUUAGUCAAGGGCGUUUUGUCACACGUGCAUGCCAGACUACAUGCCUGGGGACUCCGGCAACCAAAUUCAACCAACAGAACAGUGAGCCAAACAACCCGUGUAUGUUAUUACGUGCUGUAGUUUCUGUUCAUUCAAGGUGGAACUUAACAAUGCGUUUUUCCGAAACGUAAAAAUGGCAGGUGCGACAUGAUAGCAAGAUCCGUCAACAUGGUGGUCGUAGGCCGGCUACGAAAUUAUGCUUAAAAUAUAAAUAGAAAAGUUCAUCGCGGUGUUUCCAUUUUUUUUAAAGUCGAAAAUUCAAACGCUAGUUGAAGUUGAGUUAGUGCCUAGAGCUGCGAUGUCUGUUAUCUGUGACACAAUUUCGGUGAAGGAUUUUAUUGUAAACACACAAACAUACACACACAUUCAAGUUAACUGUUAACUGAAAUAAUAAAAAAGCAACUUGUAACCUAACAAAUACAUCGCCAAAUUGUACUUAAAAACCGCCCCAUGUUAAUCGCAGCAAAAAAAAAACCACCCGCCAUACAACAAACCAGCCUUUCACGUGAUUUGUUACAGGAACGAGGACUGCUCCUGUUGUUGCGCUACGCGUCCCGCUGGGGCAAUGAGUCGAUGCGAGGGCUGAUCGAUGUGACAUCCGUUGAGCCGGCCCGCCACUGUCGACAGUUUCAGUGCCCUUGCCAGUACAUCGAGUACCACCUCAAGUGUAAACCGCAAGGCAAGUGCAAAAUGUUUAGUUUCUUUUACUGGGUGAAGGCUUCACAGUGGUAUGGCUAGAUUUCGUUUUUGUGUCUAGUU